AACAUUUGGCUUGGCAUGAGAAGAAAACAUGGUCGACUUCACUUCAAAUUCAAAGUGUGCACAGAGUAAUUCUUUAGAAGGAUACAUAUUGAUAAAUUUUGAUACAUAUUGUUCAUCAUUUUAAAGUGUGGAUCUUUUGCUUUGGCUGGUAUAGGGAAUGUGAGAUACAUCGUUCUUAACGUGGCCGGUGGUCACAAAUAGCUCUUGUUCUUAAAUGUUGAAUAACUUUUGAACCGCUGAUCAGGAAGCUUUAAAAACUCAGAUACCGGACAUGGUCAGCUUUCCACAGCGGCUGCGUGAUGACCGUGAUGACGCCAUCACAUUUAGCAACGUUGAUUCGUCAGGCUUAGUCGAGUCCAGUCCGAGAAUGUAAUCCGAUCCCUCUGGCGCGGAACUUAGAAGCAAGAGUAUUUUUUUACAGUCUAUGAGAGUGAAAGGCAGAGUCCACGAAGAGGAGCUUGAUCUUCUAUUAGUUAUGGGUUUCAAAGAGUUUCUGAUCCUCUUCCUGGGGAUGUCUACGAGUGUUGUUGGAGCCUCUCAGGUCACCUGUCCGAAUCAAACAAUGGCAGCUGUGGAAGGUGAUAAUAACGUCACUCUGACAAUGGAAGUGGAUCCUUCAGUGGACUUGAUGAAGGGAAGAGUGGAUGUGAAGAGGGAUGAUCUGAAGAACGUGACAGUCCACUCUUUUCGACAUGGACGGGACCAUUUGGAUAUACAGAGUCCUCAAUAUAAAAACAGAACGACUUUCUUCUGUUACCUCAAGGGCAAACGAGUCGUGGGCGUGAUCCUCUCCAACGUAACACUGAAUGACGGUGGACUGUACAGCUUCUAUGUCCCAGGACUUGGAGCUCCUUGUACCAUCAACCUCACUGUCGCUGCCAAGACUGAAGGUCCAGCGAAGGAUGCCGGUGAUCCUGAAAACUUCCCUCCCUGGGCAAUUGCUCUUGUCUGUGUGAUCCCUCUUCUUGUUGCUGCUGGUGUCUUACUUUGCUGUUGGAGAUCAGGACGAUUCAAGAACUGUGGAGGGAGUGGGGCGGACCAAGACAUUGAGAUGGAACCCACUUCAACAACAGGAGGGGAAGGAGUCGUACAAAAUGGUUAUGCUCCAGUCAGUGCUCAGGAUUGAAGGUAUUCUAGUUAAUUCAUAUUUAUCUAGAAUAUGAUGAUAUAACAGAGGAGCCCCGUCCCUAUGAUACCACAUGUUUGAAAAAUAAGGUUUAAUACAGGAUUUUAUUUGGACAAACGCAGGAUCUCCAUUAGCAUCACUGAGUGCAAUGCAUGAUGGGAAGUCAUGCUUGAGAAGUGACUGAGGCUGUUUUCAAACCGCCUACUAUCCUAGCAGUACGGACUGAUUUGGUCUAAAUUCAGUAUGCAGCAUGUAAACAAGAGCAAAAU